AUGGAGAGUUACGGCGACGACGACUACGAGGACACGUCCGGAUCUGACAGACAUUCCCGCCACACGCGCGGCAGCUACAGCGACUCCGAGCCGCCGUCGACGCGCGGGCGCGGGCCUCAGGGCGCGCGGUACGAGGAUGAGGAUGAAGGGGGGGAGGAGGAACCGUAUGAGGUGGAGGAAGUGGAGGACGAUUACGACGAUGGGCGCGGCAGCCACAGGGGAGGCGCGGAUCCGCUCUACCAUUCCGCGGAGUUCCCGCUGGGGGGAAACCCAGCGUCGAGCAGCGAACGCGGCUCGCGAGCGAACUGGGACGCGUCCACAGACGACUCGUACGCCGACCGCGGCCGCGACCACGACAGGGACCGCGAUCGCGACGGCGACGGCGGCGACGACGGCGACGACGGCGACGACGGCGGCGACUACGGCGACCAGGGAUCCCCUCGCUCGCAGGCCAGUUACCGUUCCGGAUCGUACAGGGAAGGCGGCAGCCGGUCGCAGCAGCGGCGCCGGGGGGGGCGGGACGAGGACGAGAGGUAUGAGGAGGAGGAGGAGUAUUAUGACGACGAGGGGGAGGAUUACGGGCGCGCGGACACGUACCGGCGCGCGGGGUCGUUCUCGCGCACGGGGACGUUUUCGCGCACGAUGACGUUCUUCGGGCGCAGUCUGACGCGCACGAAUACCAUGUCGAAGAACCUGUCGCGCAGCCUCACGCGCACCAUCACGCGCCAGUAUAAGUUCGAAACGGAGGAGGAAGUGGAGGAGGCGGCGGCGGCGAUGGAGGAGGCGCGGCGGCAGCGGUUGGAGCGGGGCGACGGUGCGCUGGAGGACGCGACGACGAAGGUGGUGGAGAACACCACCAAGCUCGCGCGCACCAUGACCAUGGCCGCUGCUGCGCCUGUUGUUGCCGUGCUCGAAAACGAACAAGUGCAGAAGCAACUCAAUUUCUUCAAGGAGCGCGCGCUCACCAUGGCAGUGGGCCGUCCCGACUGGCACCCGGAGCCGCCCAAGGUGCCCCUCCCGGCAGCCUGCAACUGCUGCUCCGUCCUCAUCAUCUUCCUCGUACUUCUCCUGCCGGGUCUCCUCUUCUUCGACGUCACCCGCCAGCCCGUCAUGAGCGUCUACGUCACGGCGAUAGCCACGCCUGCGGGGCCCCAGAUGCCGCCGCUCACGCUGCCGCCGCUCGGACAGGUGUGCAGCUCGGGCGGGUUCGGCGCGCAGGCGGUGAAUCCCGGGGUGAAGACGAUGAAUAGCACCUGGUGGAGCAACGCGCUUGCUGAUGGCGCUCAGAUCCAGCUGCAGUCAUACGGCAACCUGUGGUGGUACCCGCAGCCCCCCAACGGGGUCCUCAAAGGUGUUACCAAACAGAUCCCAGGCGCGCCCCCUCCCCCGUACACCACCCCCCCUGGCUCCCCCCCCGUCGUUAUCCCUGAAACCCCCGAUACCAGCAACACCCAGUCCCCCCCUCCCGGCCCCGCUGUUCCCCCGCCUUCUCCUCCCCCCAUUGCCCCGCCCCCGCCCUAUGUCCCGCCGCCGCUCUCCCCCCCGCCAAGCUUUCCGCCUCCUGCGCCCCCUUCCCCUCCGCCAGCGCCCUACGUCCCCCCGCCCCCAUUCCCACCUCCCCCCCUGACCCCCCCAUCUCCGCCUUCCCCGCCCCUCUCCCCCCCGCCGCCAUCCCCGCCCCUGGCUCCCCCGCCCCCAUACGUCCCCCCGCCUCCCCCGCCCCCGCCGCUUCCCCCUGGUGCUCUCCCCGCGCCCACCCUCCCCCCUGGCGUGUACGCCCCCCCGCCUCGAAAGAACCUCCCGCCAUACAUCCCCGGAAUGAAGGGCGAGAUCAACAUGGGCGAGAACGUGAUUCUAGACAUCAGCAAGAUAAACGCAGUGGUGGUAUACGGUGAGGACGACAUGAAUCACGCCACGCGGGGCUCGUUCAUAGCGAAUUCCUUCUACGUGAAUGUGAUUGUAACGGGGCAAGGGCAGGCCAGCGGGACGUACGCGGCGGUUCUGUGGGACGACGGGAACAAAACGGUGGAGUUUCAGCCGGGUCCCGUGAUUGAUAGCCUGUUGGACCGCCGCCGCUCCAUCGGAGAACUCUCCUACCUGAAGGUCCUCAACGGGACCUUCCUGUCCGGGACUUCUGACGGGACCUUCGGCAGCACGGCAAAGCUCGCAGACAACACGACGAAGGACAUAGGGGGGAUGCCUGUGUGGGGCACAAUUCUCGACGGGGUCCUGUACAACAACACGAUUGAAAUCACCAAGGAGAAUCGCCCGAGGUUUGGAUACGGCUACACGCCCCCUCCUGUCAGCUCGUGGUUCGGAGGUGGUGGGCGACGGCGGCUGCUUCAAGCUCCAGACGCGUCCCCUUCCCCCCCGGUCCCCACUCCUGCUUCUCCUGGCAAGCCCAAGCCGCCUGCUCCCCCCGGCGCCGCUGCACCUCCUGCGGAGGGGACGACGGGCGAGUUUGGCGCGUAUGGGCGCGGCCCGCUGGGUCUGAACACCAACACGGCUCCCGGGGUUGAUGAGUUUUUCACGGUGGUGCGCGUGAACAAGACGGCGUUCCGAUUGAAGGCGCCGAAUGGGAACUGGGUGACUGUGACCAAGGACGGGACGCUCGUUGCCACGCAGACCGGCAAGACUGCUGAGGGGAUUUUCUCGGCUGAUCCGGUGGGGCAGAGGCAGAUGGUGCUGCGCACGUAUGACGGGGGGAUAGUGGGGUGGCGGAACGCGGACGCGGUGGGGCAGCUGCAGGUGCAGCGCAACAAGAACGCCUUUGACGCCAUGGGCGGGGGUCCCCAGGGCGCCCAGUACACGUGGAACGUGCGCGAAGUCACCAAGGUAGCACGCAUUAGAGGGAUGAACCUGGGAGGGUGGUUGGUGCUGGAGCAGUGGAUGACGCCCAGCAUGUACGACGGAGUGCCGGACCUGGUGGACGGUUGGGAGCUCAAGUUCAAGUCCGUCGCCAACAACAAGUACCUGCGCGCUGCUGUCAGCGGCGACCACAAGCUGCGGUGCACGGGGGAUGGCGGCAGUAUAGACUAUGACCACUUUGUGAUCCGCAGGGUGGACGGGGCAGGAGGCAAGGUGCAGGUGCGGCUGUGGAAGUCGGGGCUGUUCAUGCAGGCGCAGGGCGGCGGUGGCGGCACUGUCAUCACGCAGUAUGACAUACCGCGCGACGACAGCAGCGACAUCUGGACCAUGGAGGUGUCAUCGGAUGGCAGCAAGGCGCAGUUCAAGGCGAACAACGGCAUGUACCUCAACGUGCAGGGGGACGACGUCUCUGCCUCCGCCACCUCGGGCUCCUUUGAUGGCUCCACUGCCUUCUACAUUGACCGAGUGACAUCCGUGCAGGGCGAGUGGCAGACAGCGGCAUACGCGCGGGACUCCAGCAACCGUCUGCCGGACCACUGGCGCGCGUUCAUAGUGGAGGACGACUGGCGGUACCUGGCGGAGCAGGGCAUCAACACCGUGCGCAUCCCCGUGGGCUACUGGAUCAUGCAGGGCAACGAGCCCGACUGGCCCUUUAUUCCAGGCACUGACGCUAUCCUCGACUCUGCCUUCUCCAUGGCCGAGAAGUACUCAAUCCGCAUCUACCUGUCGAUGCACAGUGCGCCGGGCGGGCAGAACCACGGCAGUGAGAGCUCCUCGCGUGACGGCGCACCUGACUGGCAGCGCUAUGAGGGCAACAUCAACAAGACGCUCGACUGCAUCGAGUGGCUCGCCAGCAGGUACUCCAAGAGCCCAGCACUGUUCGGCAUCGGGCUGCUGAACGAGCCGAACACGGACAUGGUACCGCUGGGCACAGGCGGCAGCCCCAGUGGGCGGCUGAAGCAGUACAUGCUGGAUGCAUACGACAUCGUGCGCAAGUACUCGCCCUGCGCCUACGUCGGCAUCUCACCGCUGCUGGGCCAGCCUCCUACCACCGACAUGGCCGGGUUCAUGACCAAUGCUCUGGAUCACAACAACGUGCUGAUAGACGUGCAUUACUACAACGUGUUUGACCCGGACAUCAACACCAACCCCAGCUUCCAGGCGCACAUUGACUACGUGCGCAACCAGCGCGCCACCGAGCUCAAAGCGCUCUCUGAGGGCGACCGCACCGUGCUUGUCGGUGAGUGGUCGCUAGCGCUGCCAGAAUUCGUGGGGGCGAAGGAGGGCGACUACGGGGUGUUCAGCCAGACGCAGCUUGAGGUGUACAACAACGCAUCAGCCGGGUGGUUCUUCUGGUCGUUCAAGGUGGACAAGGACUCGCGUGGCGUGCCCAACUGGGCCAUGAUCACUGCGCAGAACAAGGGCUGGCUCACCUACUGA